UUCAGGGUUUACGCGUUUAGUUCGUUUAUUUCAUUAUUAUUAAUUAUUAUUAUUAUUAUUAUGAUUCGGGUCUUUCUUGGGGGAUAGGCCCAAGCCCAACACGAACUAACUAUUUAAAAUUAGGGUUUAUCUCUCUCUCUCUCACUCAUUCAUUCAAUUCAAUAAAUCAGAAUUCAGAACAACAACAAUGGCGAUGGAUCUCCAAAAAUCAAAAUCAAAUUCAAUCGACGCUGUUUUGAGCUUCACAAAACAUUUAUUCUCAAAAGAAGAUUAUCGGGAGAACAACCUCAUCUUCUCGCCCUUGUCUCUGUACGCUGCUCUCAGCGUCAUGACCGCCGGUGCAGAUGGCCGCACACUCGAUGAGCUUCUUUCAUUCCUCCGAUUUGACUCCGUCGACCAUCUCACCACCUUCUUCUCUCAGGUCCUCUCCCCUGUGUUGUUCUCUGACGACCAUCUCUCUUUUGCGAAUGGAAUGUGGGUUGAUCAAUCUGUUUCUCUUUCUCAUUCUUUUAAACAACUUGUCGCCACUCAUUACAAGGCCACUCUAGCCUCACUUGAUUUUCAGACCCAGGGUAAUCAAGUGCAAAGUGAAGUGAAUUCAUGGAUUAAAAAGGUGACUAAUGGCCUUAUUACACAGCUUCUACCUCCCGGGACAGUAACCAACUUAACCAGGCUUAUCUUUGCAAAUGCACUGCACUUCAAGGGUACGUGGAAACACAAGUUUGAUGGUCCUACAUUAGAACGUUCUUUCCACCUCCUUAAUGGCACCACUGUCAAUGUUCCCUUCAUGACAAUGACAAGCAAGAACAAGUUACAGUUUAUUAGAGUUUUUCAUGGUUUCAAAAUCCUCCGUCUUUCUUAUAAACAAGGUAGAGAUAAGAAACGCCGCUUCUCCAUGUACAUUUUUCUUCCAGAUGCUAGACGUGGACUUUCUUCUUUAAUUCAAGACUUGUCUUCACAAUCUGCUUUCUUUGAAGCCAAGCUUCCUCGCCGAAAAGUGCAAGUACGAUCCCUCAUGAUUCCAAAAUUCAAUAUUUCUUUUACAUUUGAAGCUUCUAAUGUGCUCAAGGAGGUUGGAGUGGUUUCACCUUUCUCUCAAAGGGAUGCCCAUUUUGCAAAAUUGGUGGAGGCCAAUUCGGAUAAAUUAUUCGUGGAAAGCAUAUUUCACAAAGCUUUCAUUGAUGUAAGUGAAGAAGGAACUGAAGCAACUGCAGCCACCAUUGGCCAUGCACUACAAUGUGGUCUUCCGCCUGGUAUAGACUUUAACGCUAACCACCCUUUCCUCUUCUUGAUCAGAGAAGAUUUCACAGGAACAAUCCUCUUCGUCGGGCAGGUGCUCAAUCCUCUUGAUGGAGCACCGGUCAAGAGAAUAUGGCCUCCGAACACGGUCGGCAGGAGCUCAAUAGCUGCUAGGCUGGUCAAGCCAUAAUAGAUGAUGAUACGCCUGAGGUUCCACCAAAGAGGAAGAAUUCAAGUUAAGUUGAUUCAGAUGACGAUGAUGGAAGAGAACUGUGAUAUAACUAAUAUUGCCUACUGAAAUAUUUAUAUUCCAAGUAUUUUUUAAAAUGUGAAGGCCCCCAUGUAUCCAAUGUAAGUAAAUGCAGAGCUAUCAGGCGGACCAAACAUGUUAAGGCUUCAGGUCAUAAUCAGUCUGUUAUUUAUGUCUAUUAGAUUGUUAUAUUUUUCAUGUGUUAUUGGUUACUAGUUAAAACAUCUUUCACAAAAUCUGAAAACUCCUUUAAGUGAUUAUACUAAAGAGCGGUAUUGUAUUUCCAAUUCCUCAUGAAUGAUAAAAACCCUUCAACUCUGUUGUGCUGGA